UUUAUUAAUUUUGUCACCUUGAGAGAGAAGACCAACCCAUGGGUUAGGAGUGUUAAAUAUUUAAUGACCAAACCAAAUGCUACUGUUUUUUCAACUACUUCCAUUCUCAGCCUUCACGUCUACUUAUUGUUCAUUGUUGCACCAUAAAUUCUCUCCUUUCUCAUUUCACCUCAUUCAAGUAUUAUUAUUUUUUUAUUCACUCUUUCUUCUCCUCUUGAAUUUGCUAGUUUCAAUGAGAUAUUUCUAUUUCUAUUUCCAUCUCAACCUCUUUCUCCUUUCUUUGUUUUUCUCCAUCCACACUACUCAUCAGCUACAAUUCUCUCAAACUCAAGUCCUCCUACAGUUAACAAAGUAUCUCCAAUACCCUACCUCCUUACAAAUCUUCCAUAAUUACAAUACUGACCUUUGCACCCUCACUCCAUCUCAUCACUUGAGUAUUAAAUGUGAGGGCAAUUCAGUAACUGAACUCAAAAUCAUGGGAGACAAAACCAUCAAACAUGGAAAGGUUUCCAGUUUCAAUGGCUUUGCACUUCCAAACCAAACACUUUCCAAAUCUUUCUCUAUUGACUCUUUUGUCACAACAUUGACAAGGUUAACAACUUUAAGAGUACUUAGUUUGGUUUCUUUAGGAAUUUGGGGUCCACUUCCUGAUAAAAUUCAUAGGCUUAGUUUCCUUCAAGUUUUGGAUUUGAGUUCCAAUUUCUUAUUUGGUUCCAUUCCACCAAAGAUAGCUACAUUGAUCAAUCUUCAAAUACUAACACUUGAUGGAAACUAUUUCAACACCACAAUGCCUGAUUUUUUUGAACCUUUGUCUAAUUUAAGUAUCUUGAGUUUCAAGAACAAUCAGUUAAAAGGCUCAUUCCCUAUUUCACUAUGCAAAAUCAAGAGCCUUACUGAUGUUUCCUUGUCACACAAUGAACUAUCUGGUGAAUUACCGAAUCUCACCGCGCUUUCGAGGUUACAUGUAUUGGAUUUGAUGGAAAAUGGUUUUGAUUCUGAGGUACCGUUGAUGCCGAAAUCGGUUGUCACGGUGUUGCUAAGUAGGAACUUGUUCUCAGGUGAGAUUCCUAGUCAGUUUGGUGAACUUAGUCAGCUUCAGAAUCUUGAUCUUUCGUCGAACCGUCUAUCCGGGGUUCCUCCGUCGUCGUUGUUUUCUUUGAGAAACAUUAGUUAUUUGAAUUUGGCAAACAAUGUGCUAGGUGGUUCAAUUCCAAAGAAGCUGAAAUGUGGGAGCAAGCUUGGUUUUGUGGAUAUUUCUGGUAACUUGUUAAGUGGUUUACUUCCUUCUUGUUUGGAAAGUAUAUCUGAUAGAAGAGUUGUUAGAUUUGGUGGAAACUGUUUGUCUGUUAAUUCUCAACCUCGGAAUCAGAAUCAGAAUCAGAAUCAGAAACACGGUUCUUAUUGUGAAGAAUCUAGUUCAGGAAAGAUCAAGUUUUGGAGAUGGGAAAUUGAUGCUGCAAUUGCUAUCAUUGUUGUAGUUUUUCUUUUCUUGUUAGCUUUUGGAGUUUUCUUUUACAGAAAGUUUCAUUCAAGAGAGAUUUAUAGGCAUGAGAUGUUGCCAAAGAUUGUUCAAGAUAAUAAUAAUAACUCGACAACAGGAGUUUCCUCUGAACUCCUUGCUAGUGCAAGGUAUAUUUCUCAAAAAAUGAAGCUAGGGACACAAACUACUACAACAUGUAGACACUUUUCGAUUGAAGAGUUGAAAGAAAUCACAAGAAACUUCGAUCUGUCAACUUAUAUAGGUGAAGGAUCCAUAGGAAAGCUGUACAAAGGUAAACUAGAGAAUGGAUCUUAUGUGAUGAUAAGAUCAUUGGCUCUAAGAAAGAAGUUGUCGAUACAAAAUCUCAAAGCUAGGUUGGAUUUACUCUCGAAGCUUCAUCAUCCGAAUUUGGUUAGUCUUUUGGGUCAUUGUAUUGAUGGUAGAGGAAAAGAGGGUAUUAGUCCCCAGAAACUUCAUCUUGUAUACGAGUAUGUGCAAAAUGGCGAUUAUCGUACACAUUUGUCAGAAUUUUCACUCGAUAAGGCGCUAAAAUGGUCUGAUAGAUUAUCAAUCUUAAUCGGAGUUGCCAAGGCGGUUCAUUUUUUACAUACUGGUAUGAAACCAGGUUGUUUUAGAAACCAAUUAAAGACAAACAGUAUUUUACUUGAUGAACAUCGCUUUCCCAAGCUAAGCGAUUAUGGUAUGUCCAUAAUUGCCGAAGAGAUCGAAAAUAUUGAGGUAAACGGAGAGAAACUAAAAUAUUGCUUAAGGGAAGAAUUGGAGGAUGAUGUUUACAAUUUCGGAUUCAUAUUGUUUGAAUCACUCGCAGGACCAAUUGCAAGUGAGAAAGGAGAAGCGUUUUUUCUUAAUGAAAGGGCAUCGUUUGACAGUCAUGAUGGCAGAAAAAGAAUUGUGGAUCCAGUCGUGUUGACGAGUUGCUGUCAAGAGUCAUUAUCAAUCGUAAUAUCCAUCACAACGAAAUGCAUUUCUCCACAAUCUUCAUCUCGGCCUUCUUUUGAAGAUGUGUUAUGGAAUUUACAAUAUGCAGCUCAAGUUCAAGCCUCAGCAGAUGCAGAGCAUUCUAUAUCCUCCUAGGUCACUUGAUUGCAAUUAUAAAUGUAUAGUUGUUUUACAGUUUCCUUAAUUUUUCUGGAGUUUUGAUAGGAAGGAUCUAGCUAGGAUUCAUAUACCUUGAAAAUAAUUAGCCAUUGUUUUAGUUAACAAGUUAAUCAUGUACCUUGACUGACAAGGAAACUAGCAUCGUCUAGCGAGUAGGCAUGUAAUUCAAAGUUCGGUCCUGAUCUCCUAGCAAUGGCGCCGCGUUGCCUAGCUAUGACCUGCAAAUUUUUGCAGCAGAACACUGAGAACAACUCCUAACUAUGACCUGCAAAAAUCCAAAAUCAUAAAUCUCAACCUGAUUCUAUUUUUAAAA